CUGUCGAUACGGAGAGAGGCGUGCACGUGGGUGUUCGGGUGUCACUCUAUCCCAGCUGGACGGGCACAACACAGAUUUCAAAGGAGAGAGAACACCCUGCAGCGCAGGACGCGCCAGACUGAUCACCAUCACUUCUCUUUUGGAUUAAACGUUUCCGGGCGCGUUUUGAUACUUCAGAGCUAAAGGUUGAAGUUGAGGCUUGUUGGCCUUUUGGGGGGAGUUUCACGUGUCUCCGUUUGGCACCAGACGCAUCUGUCAUCUACCGUCACUGGGUGCCUGAACCUGUCAAAAUCAUGCCGGCCGGGUUUCAGCAGCUCGGAGGGGAGACAGUGACUGGAACCUUUGCUCUCUCAGUCUUCACUGCUGUCCUGGGAUCUCUGCAGUUUGGGUACAACAUCGGCGUCAUCAAUGCGCCACAGAAGAUGAUUGAGGAGGACUACAAUGCGACAUGGGUGCACCGGUAUGGACAGCCCAUCCCCUCAGGGACCCUCACGUCCCUCUGGUCCCUGUCCGUGGCCAUCUUCUCCAUCGGUGGCAUGCUGUCCUCCUUCUGCGUGGGCUUCGUCUCAGAGUGGCUGGGCAGGAGGAAAGCCAUGCUCAUAAACAACUUGUUUGCCUUCAUCGGUGGAAGCCUGAUGGGGUUGUCCAAGCUCUGCCGCUCCUUCGAAAUGAUGAUCCUCGGACGCUUUGUCAUCGGCGCCUACUGUGGAUUAGCAUCAGGCUUGACACCGAUGUACGUGGGUGAGAUAGCCCCUACAAGUCUGCGAGGGGCGCUGGGAACACUGCACCAGCUGGCCAUAGUCACUGGUAUUCUCAUAGCUCAGAUCCUGGGUCUGGAGGUGUUACUGGGCAGUGAGGACUUGUGGCCAGUUCUGUUGGGUUUAACUGUUGUGCCGACAGUACUUCAGAUGUCAUUUCUGCCCUUCUGCCCUGAGAGCCCCCGCUUCCUUUACAUCGUCCGCUGCCAGGAGCACCAGGCCAAGAGAGGCCUGCGGAGGUUGACGGGCAGGCAGGAGGUGGGCGACAUGCUGGCAGAGAUGAAGGAGGAGAAGAGAAAGAUGGACAUGGAGAGGAAGGUGUCCAUCCUGGAGCUCUUUCGCUCGCCGCUUUACCGCCAACCCAUCAUCAUUUCCAUCCUGCUGCAGCUCUCCCAGCAGCUAUCUGGGAUCAAUGCAAUUUUCUACUACUCCACCAGUAUCUUCAUGAAGGCAGGAGUCCAGAGUCCUGUCUAUGCCACCAUAGGAGCAGGCGCGAUAAACUGUGCCUUCACUGUGGUCUCGCUCUUCCUGAUAGAGAGGAUGGGACGACGGACGCUCCACAUGCUAGGACUUGGGGGGAUGUGCAUCUGUGCCAUCAUCAUGACCGUGGCCCUCGCUUUGUUGGAAAGUGUUCCAUGGAUGAGCUACAUCAGCAUGCUGGCCAUCUUUGGCUUCGUAGCCUUCUUUGAGAUCGGUCCUGGUCCCAUUCCCUGGUUCUUUGUAGCUGAGCUGUUCUCCCAGGGUCCAAGGCCGGCUGCCAUGGCUGUGGCUGGCUUUUCCAACUGGACUGCCAACUUCAUCAUUGGCAUGUGCUUCCAAUAUGUUGCAGACCUUUGCGGGCCAUAUGUCUUCCUUAUCUUCGCAGCACUCCUCCUCUUCUUCCUCAUCUUCACAUUCUUCCGGGUGCCAGAGACGCGGGGCAAGACCUUCGACCAGAUUGCAGCAAACUUCCACCAGCACUCAGCAGGAAUGAUGGAUAUGGACAUGGACAUGGACAUGGACCUGGACAAGCCCAGCACAGAGCUGGACUACUUGGGGGAGGAAAGAAUGAACUGAGGAGUCGCUGCCUGAAGAGAGAUGGAACUGAGUACAGCUUGGGAAGAACUGUGACUGUGGGCCUGACUCCAAACUUUUAUUUUCUGACAUGUAUACUGAUACACACAUGUAUACAGUGUAUAUAUAUAUAGAUUGUGGUGCCAAAGGUGUGUUUUGGAAUUGUCCUUUGCUGGUACCACUGCAAUAUGGAGGUUAAUGGUUACGAAUUGAGCCUUAACAAAGGCUGCAAACUGGAUUAAGAGCUGACAAAGUGUUUGGACUGUUGAGGCAUUGACUGCCGAUGUGGUAGGAUUUUAUUCCAUGGUGAUGCACUCAGUUGCAAUAUUGACAGACGGAGGAGGGGACUUUGGUAUUCCUGCACUUUAUAUACAAAGACAUCCAAAGUUUUCAAAGUUUGGAGGUAAAAAAAAGAACAUGGAGUUAAGUAUGCAGCCUACUUGUGCUACAGCUGGGAACACUCCAGAGGUGAAACACGCAGUAACUGACAGAUGUAAGUGGGAGACUAGCCUUCAGUUUUACCGUUAUAACUUCAAGUAGAGGAUCAUUAUGUGAAAGCUGUAAGAAAUCAAACAUCUGAUUAAUUCUUUGGUUAAUAUGAAAAAAAAAAUCUUGAAAAAAAUGUUAUUUUUAUCUAAAUUUUAGUGUCAAGAAAAGUAUGAUUUUCACAGGCAGUACUAAAACUCAGGUAUUGGAUCAGUGUAGGAAAAUGUCAAGCAAUGCCCAGCCCGAAUAUAAAUUGUUUUAGGUGUCCCACUGAGUAACCUAGGCUCUCUUUAGUCUUUCCAAGGUAAAGUCUUCAUCAAACUGGGCUUUCAGUCACGUGUUGUGUUCCCAUCUUAAGCUCAGGCAAAGUGCUGAGAGCAAAUCACAAAGUGUUUUUCUCAUCUUGAGGAAACUCAUUGCACAACCUGCAGAAGCACAAUUUUAGUACGUCAUAUGUACAUCCAGUGUGUUAUUUGGUUGUUGAUAUUAAGGGUAUGAGGGUCUAAAAGUUUAAAUUCUUUAUGCACUCCAGUAGGUGUUUGGUUUUGUAAACAGAGGCCCGAUAUACUAGAGCAAGAUGUGCAAUCAAAGGGCUGCUUGUUAAGAGUAGAUCUUCUUGUAGAAUUUUUUUUUUUUUUUUUUUUUUUAAAUCACAUGCAACAUGUUUGUGCAUUUUCUUGGCAUCUGUCAUGUGUGCUGUUUGCUGUCUAUUCCUUAAUGGUGUGUAAGUUACUUUCUGAGGGUUCAUAUUGAGGUUGUUCAGAGAGGACCUGUAAUUUGUAUCGUGAACAUUGAUGCUGUGGUCAUGUUGUGACUAAAAGGAUGCAAGUACUGUAAAUAAUACUACUGAAAACAACUGUGAACCCCCCCCCCUUUAAUUUGACUAGUGCUGGAAAUUGUGUUGUUUAAUAUUAAGUGAACAAAUUUUAAAAACAAAUGCAAAUAUAGUCAAAAGCAGCACCUAAUUCUGCCCCCCGUCAAAUUGUGUGAAGAAAUGAGGACUGAAUCCUGAGAUUUGCAAACAUGAUUUAUUAAUCAGCAUUUUAAGUACUGACAUUGCACAUAAUCCCCUCCAAAGAAAAGCACACACACAAAUAAGUAAAACAAAAAAAUACACUCUUUUCAUCAAUUUACCCUCAAAUGAGGAGAUGAAGGGAGCAGUAUGUUUUAAGGACUGACUGAGGUGGUAACAGAACUAAACUGACCCCCAUAAUGCACCACCAACCUUACACCUGCUUGGUUUUCCCCUCUUCAACCAAAUUAAAAAAAAAGUUAAAUAAAAAUCAAGGCUGGUUUCUCUAUGAACUACUUGAUGUGUCCCUUCUAGGCAAUUAAAGAAAA